CAUUUUAACUCCGUCUCACUAAAGAUUCUGGUUCUGCCCAUCCAACCCGCGUUGCCUCUAUAGCCUCCGCCCGGCCUCGUUUAGAGCUACGCUUGCUUGAGCUCUGAGCAAGGAAAUUAUCUAGACGCAGUGACUUGACUUUGACUUUCUCCCCUCGGCUGCUUCGACGCGCUCGGCUGUAUACCUCUGACAGGUACUGUCUUCCCACUUCGUGCAUACGAAGCCAGUCGCCUCUUACCUCAACGGUCGAUACCCUGGUCAUCUUGAGAAGAUCACUCAGAAGACUGGAUCAGAGCCUAAGCACAUCAGCUCAGAGUGGCCUCUGCUGGUCUAUUUGAGGGAACCCUUUUCAGAACACGAUUUCAAUGCCGGAAGCACAUUAUCGGUUUGCCAAUGAAACGUCCCCUUUGGUGGGAGCAGCUGACAGUAAUGAAGUGACUUCAAUGACGCACUCCGGAGAAUCAAGUGCAAUCAAUGGGUCGGGAGAUACUCCCGAUCUCUCGGAGACCAAGAGCAGCUGGUAUCUGUUCUUGUUGACCUUGAGUAUUGGCGGUCUUCAGGUCGUAUGGUCUACUGAGCUAUCCAAUGGAUCGCCCUAUCUUUUGUCUCUUGGAAUGAGCAAAGCUCUACUUGCUUUCGUUUGGAUUGCCGGUCCUUUGACAGGAACCCUCGUUCAACCCUACAUCGGCAUCUGCAGUGAUAACUGUCGCAUAUCAUGGGGGAAGCGAAAGCCGUUCAUGGUGGUCGGCGGUGCAGCGAGCGUUGUCUCCCUCCUUGCCUUAGCCUGGGUCCGAGAGCUUACAGAAGGCCUCCUUGGAGUAUUCGAUGUUGCACCGGGGUCCGAUACGUCUCAGGCAGUGGUUAUUGUGCUAGCCACUAUCCUGAUGUAUUGUUUGGACUUUUCUGUAAAUACUGUCCAAGCAGGUAUCAGGUGUUUCAUUGUUGAUAAUGCGCCCUCACACCAGCAGGAAUCAGCAAAUGCGUGGGCCAGCCGCAUGACUGGUCUGGGCAACAUCCUUGGAUAUAUUUUUGGAUACGUGGAUUUGCCCAAGUACUUCCCAUUAUUGGGCAACACGCAGUUUAAAGUGCUGUGCGCUUUAGCAUCACUAUCACUUAUCUGUACAUUGUUGGUCAGUUGCUCAUACAUCAAAGAACGAGAUCCACGACUGGAAGGACCUCCAUCCGGGGGCAACCCUGGCUUGAUCGCUUUCUUCAAGCAGGUCUUCAAGUCGAUCCGAUUUCUACCGCCAGAGAUAGCGAAGGUCUGCGAGGUCCAGCUGGCUGCUUGGGUCGGCUGGUUUCCUUUCCUGUUUUACUCGACCACAUACAUUGGACAGCUUUUUGUCAAUCCAAUCUUCGAAGCACACCCGGGGUUGUCGGAGCAUGACAUCAACAAAGCAUGGGAAGAAGCCACCCGCAUUGGGACAUUUGCACUUCUUGUUUACGCCAUUAUCUCCUUUGUGGCUAAUCUGACCCUGCCGAUUCUUGUUGUGCCUACAUACAAGCCGAUCGUUGCCACCGAGUCUGAAGUUUCAGAUGAUCAAUUGGAGGAGGAGCCUUUCCUCGGCGAUCGGAGGCGAUCCUCCUCAAUAGGAACGGCGAUGGAAGCAUCUACCGGUAUCUCUCCUGAACCCAAAGGUGGAUUCGCAGGAGGGGCUGGGUGGCUCUCCAAAUUACAGAUUCCAGGCCUUACCCUCCGCCGCGCUUGGCUGAUGUCGCAUGUCAAUUUUGCCAUCUGCAUGUUUAGUACGUUCUUCAUAUCGUCAUACCAAGCCGCUACCGUGGUCGUUGGGCUUGUUGGAAUCUCAUGGGCGUUGACGCUUUGGGCGCCCUUUGCCCUAAUCUCGGCGGAGGUAUCGCGCAUUGACACGGAGCGCCGGCUUCGACGCCAGCGGGCUGACGGUACGGUACCUGACACAAGCGUCUCCGCCAAUCCGGCUACGGUUAGGGAAGACCUAGAACACGGGCACAAUGUGACCACUGAUAAAGAAGAAGAGGAUGAGAACCUGGCGCAGGCGGGCAUUAUCCUGGGGCUUCACAACGUUGCCGUGUCAGCGCCUCAGAUCCUCUCGAGUCUGAUCUCCAGUGCCAUCUUCAAGGCUUUCCAGAAACCUCGCGGGGAGCCGUGGGACGAUAGUGUCGGAUGGGUGCUGAGAUUUGGAGGUUGCGCGACGCUAGUUGCGGCAUGGUUGGCUCACAGACUCGCUGAGGGAACUCGGUGAGUGUAUGCCUUAUAGUAGGAGCAAAUGCCGCCUCACCGGAUGCUGAAGAGACUGACGGAAGACUAUCUCAGAUGAGAGUAGAGUGUAAUUAGUCAGGUAUGUAAGUAGUUGGCCCUAGCUAGUCAGAGAACAUCAAGAACAAUUU